AUGUCACGCAACGAAAGCAACAAGAUCUACAGCGCGGUGCGCAUGUCAAGAUACCCUUCGUGCGCAGAACAAUCUACUGACAGGCUUCAUCUCCAGACCUACAGCAAUGUGCCUGUCUACGAGCUCGUCGUCGCCGGCAAUCAGGUCAUGCGACGCCGCUCCGACGACUGGAUCAAUGCAACCCACAUCCUCAAAGUCGCCGACUACGACAAACCAGCGAGAACACGGUGAGGAAGCCUCUGGCAUCGCCCAUUCCGAGCAUGUACUGACCGGCAGUAGCAUCCUAGAAAGAGAGGUGCAAAAGGGCGUGCAUGAAAAAGUACAAGGCGGAUACGGCAAAUACCAAGGUCGGUUUAAUCUCGAGCUGAAGAGCUACCGGGUGGACAAUAGCUUACGUUAUGAUAGGAACUUGGAUUCCUCUCGUGGACGGCAGAGAGCUUGCAGCCAAGAACAACGUCCUCGACAAAUUGAGACUAAUCUUCGACUUCGUGCCCGGCGACAGAAGUCCACCGCCAGCACCCAAGCAUGCGACGGCUUCAUCAAAGCCUCGACAACCACGAGCUCCUGCGAAGAGACAAGCAGUCUACCCGCCACCUCAUGCGCAGGAUUACGAUGCAUUGGACACGAGCACGCAGGAUGUCGAUGGUCCGGAUGAUGGAUUAACAGUAGCUUCUGGGUCUCCCUAUGACGAUUACGACGAGUCCCAGUACCUUGGAGCUCGCAAGCGGAGACGAAUUGAAGAUCAAAUGUCUCAGGCCGACAAAGAACACCAGUUGUGGGCAGAGGAGCUCCUGGAUUACUUCGUACUUCAAGAUGAGCCGGAAGACUCGAGAGCGGAUGCUCCUCCACCGCCGGCUAACGUAGACGUAAAUCGUCCCAUUGAUGACAAGGGAUACACAGCGCUCCACUGGGCAUCGGCCAUGGGCGAUCUCGAACUUGUCAAAGACCUCGUACGUAGAGGUGCCAGCAUCGACGUGCAAGCACGGAGCGGGGAGACGCCUCUGAUGCGCGCUGUCUACUUCACCAACAACUACGACAAGAAGAGCAUGGAUCGCCUUGCAGGACUCCUGAUGCGAACCGUGAACAUGCAAGAAUGGUCCGGCAGCACCGUCUUCCAUUACAUCGCUAAUUCAACGGAACGCAAAAGCAGAUAUCAGAUCGCGCGGUACUACAUGGACUGCAUAUUGAACAAGAUGGGCGAGGUGAUUUCUCAAGACGCCAUCAUGCGCAUACUGGACACCGUCGAUCAAAAUGGAGACACCGCCAUCACCAUCGCUGCUCGAAAUGGGGCUAGGAAAUGCGUGCGCAGCCUCAUAGGAAGAGGUGCAUCCGUUGACAUACCAAAUGUACAUGGGGAGACUGCCGACCAGCUGAUCGUGCAGCUCAAUCACCGACGCCAGGAGCGACAUAACAGUAACCGCCAGCUCUCGUCUUCUCCGUUUGGUGGCGAGCAGGCCACGGGCAGUAUGGCAGCUGGUGGACCGGUUCAGUCUGUCAAUGGAGUAAAUGGAAGCUUCUCCAUGGAUCCUCUCUCGCAAUCAUCCUUGAAUGGGAAUACUCAAGCGGACGGCGCCACCGAAGUUUACAAAUCUGAAUCUGCUCUCGCGCUCACUUCUUCGAUUAUGCCGGUCUUGUUCCACAAGGCCAAGCAGCUCGCCAUCAGCAUUGACGCCGAGGUCGCAGAAAAAGAGGCUGAGCUGGCCGAGGCCGAACGUCUAGCUGCCAUGCGUCGCCACGAGAUAGAAAUCCUGAGACGACAAGCUGAAGAGAUUCGCGCGAAGGAGGAGGAACAGGUCGCGGGUGCGGAAGGUGACGACGAGCUCAUUGCCGAACUCAGUGAACUCAUGGAAGAGUGUGAAGGACUCACGCAGGAAGAGCAAGACGCCGCACUGAGAGAGCUGAUCGAGCAGGAGGAGCAAGCACAGCGAGACUCACCGCCGGCCGAUUUAAUGGUGGACGACGAAGACGAGUCCGACACUUAUAAGCUGGCGCUAGUUCGUGAGCUUCACGAGCUGCUCGAGAAGCGCAAGAAUCUGUUCAAGACCAUUGUUCAGAAUCUGUCUGUGGCAGGUCUCGGCGACAAGCAGGGGGAGUACAAGCGACUUAUUACUGGCGCACUCGGAGUGCGAGAGGAGGACGUGGAGGGUAUGCUGCCGGACAUCGUGUCGGAGUUGGAAGACUGGCAGCUGGAGAACGUCAAUGUCGCAUAG